CGCGGUGCCGCCGGCGCUGCGUUGCGCUGACCGCCGGCGGUCUCUGUCCGGUUCCCCUCCUGUGGUUCGGUCGGGCCCGAAGGAAGUCGCCUUGAAAACGAGCCAGUCGAGCCUUGCGACGAUACAGGUACCGCCCCGUGCUGCGGGCAUCUGGGCGCUCAUCCUAACGGCCCUGUGAAGUUGUCUUGAGGCGCGUAGACUUUAUUUUGGGCUGUUUUGAUGGCCGCAGAGCAUUACUGUUAUAUAGAGCCAACGACAGAGUGGAACUGCUCCUGGGGCCUUUGCGAGCAGUAAAUGGAGAACUACAUUGGCUUCAUUCACUGGGAGUUUUGGAGAAACGGAGCCGCUGCACAUCUUUGUCCUGCCUGUUUCUUUGUAUGUUGCUUGGCCCUAUCAUGAAGAUUUCUCUGAGCCCAAAGAAAAGACGUAAACCCUCCUGACACGCAGAUAUCCAGGCUUUGGCUUUACUCCUGGAGGCAGUAGGGGUGGCAAAACUGAUGCUUCUGGUGCUGGUGCUGUCUAUGUGCCGCUUGAGCUCCGCAGCCUCAGGGAGGAACGAGAAGGUGUGCGCACUGGAAGUCUGCAGUGUUACAGAUGCUGUGGAGAAGAUAUCCUUGACUUGCAGAAGGCAUCUCAAAAUGUUGUGUCAAGCCGCUCUGAGCCCUCUUGUCCGUUCCCCUGGAUGGUGCUUUGUGUUACCGCCACAUGCCAUCGCAGCCAUUUCCCGUUUCUUGUCUUCAAAGCUGGCUGCUUCUUCCCUGUCACUGAGAGAUCUCCCCCACAAUACCCAGAGUUUAAGGAAUGAAUCCAUCCGUCGUUGGAGCAACAUUCCAUUUAUCACCGUGCCACUCAGCCGUGCACAUGGCAAGUCAUUUGCACACCGCAGUGAGCUGAAGCACGCAAAGCGGAUUGUCGUGAAGCUGGGCAGCGCUGUUGUGACAAGAGGGGAUGAGUGUGGCUUAGCCCUUGGGAGGCUGGCAUCUAUUGUGGAGCAGGUGUCAGUGCUGCAGAAUCAAGGCCGAGAAAUGAUGAUUGUCACCAGUGGUGCUGUAGCUUUUGGAAAACAGCGACUGCGUCAUGAGAUCUUGCUUUCUCAGAGUGUGAGGCAAGCACUUCAUUCAGGCCAAAGUCAGCUAAAAGAUAUGGCAAUUCCAGUCCUGGAAGCCCGAGCCUGUGCAGCAGCCGGCCAGAGUGGACUGAUGGCCCUGUAUGAAGCCAUGUUUACACAGUACAGCAUCUGUGCAGCUCAAAUUUUAGUCACCAAUCUGGAUUUCCAUGAUGAACAGAAGCGUCGGAACUUAAAUGGAACGCUACAUGAGCUUUUAAGAAUGAAUAUUGUCCCAAUAAUUAACACUAAUGAUGCUGUUGUUCCACCUCCAGAACCGAACAGUGAUCUACAGGGGGUAAAUGUGAUUAGUGUGAAGGAUAAUGACAGUUUGGCAGCACGUCUGGCUGUUGAAAUGAAGGCUGAUCUCCUUAUUGUUCUUUCAGAUGUAGCAGGACUCUUCAACAGCCCUCCAGGAUCUGAUGAUGCGAAGCUCAUUGACAUAUUCUACCCAGGAGACCAACAGUCUGUGACAUUUGGAACCAAAUCUCGAGUGGGAGUGGGAGGCAUGGAAGCCAAGGUGAAAGCAGCUCUGUGGGCCCUCCAAGGAGGCACAUCUGUAGUGAUUGCAAAUGGAACUCACCCAAAGAUCUCUGGUCACGUCAUCACAGAUAUUGUGGACGGGAAAAAAGUUGGAACUUUUUUUUCAGAGGUAAAGCCUGCAGGCCCUACAGUAGAGCAGCAAGGUGAAAUGUCUCGAGCUGGUGGCAGGACCCUGGCAGCACUGCAGCCUGAGCAGAGAGCAGAGAUUAUUUAUCGUCUUGCUGAUUUACUAACCGAUCAAAGAGAAGAAAUUCUCUUGGCAAACAAGAAGGACUUAGAAGAAGCAGAAAAUAAAGGGAGACUGGCACUUCCUUUGUUGAAACGUCUAAGUCUCUCUACAUCAAAGCUGAACAGCUUGGCUAUUGGACUACGUCAGAUUGCAGCGUCCUCGCAGGACAGCGUUGGCCGCGUAAUUCGGAGAACAAGAAUAGCAAAAGACCUGGAAUUGGAGCAGGUGACAGUGCCUAUUGGGGUUCUUCUCGUGAUUUUUGAGUCCCGCCCUGACUGUCUCCCACAGGUGUCUGCUUUGGCCAUUGCUAGUGGAAAUGGUUUGCUACUUAAAGGAGGAAAAGAGGCAGCUUAUAGCAAUCAAAUCCUUCAUCAUCUGACACAAGAAGCACUUUCAAUUCACGGAGUCAAAGACGCAGUGCAACUGGUGAAUACAAGAGAGGAAGUAGAAGAUCUCUGCCGUCUGGAUAAGCUGAUAGAUCUUAUCAUUCCACGUGGUUCAUCCCAGCUAGUCAGGAAUAUACAGAAAGCAGCAAAGGGAAUACCUGUGAUGGGACACAGCGAAGGAAUCUGUCAUGUGUAUGUGGAUGUGGAUGCCAGUGUUGAAAAGGUCACGCGAAUAAUCAGAGACUCAAAGUGUGAAUAUCCUGCUGCCUGUAAUGCUCUGGAAACACUCUUAAUUCAUCGGGACUUGCUGAGAACCCCGUUGUUUGAUCAGAUCAUAGAUAUGUUGAGAGUAGAACAGGUAAGUCAUGUAUACUUGUGUUUUUUACUUGUCCUGAUUUGUUUACUUGUUUAACAUUUUAGAAGCAUU